AUGCAAGACGCCUUGAUUGAUCGUAAGGCCGAGGAAAUGCAGAGGUACGCGGACCACAAUGAAAUUGGGAAUUUCUUCGUCUACAUCAAGGCAGUCUACGUCCUUCGCACCAAAGGAACCGCGCCGCUGUUCAGUUCCAACAGACCAACAUCCCCAACAGAGAAAUUUGAGAUUCUGAAGAGCCGGCUUGAGCACUUCAGAACUGCACGUCCACAGUCCGACGCCAGCAUCGACCUGCUGCCACCAGCGGAAACUUAA